AACAAAUUAUAUUUAAAAAUAAAUUCAAAAAAAAAAUAAAUUCUGCGAGAGUUUCGAAAACACAAAAUUUAAAAUAAAUCAGCUAACAAUUUAAUCGUAAUACAAACAAGCAGCAAUAAAUAAAUAAAUUAACAAAAGCAAACAAAUAAGUCGAUAAUUAACAAACAAAGUAGAUAUCUUUCUUGCUAUAUUUUUACUAAGCUAGCUUUAAAUUACUUUCUUACUUAAUAAAACCUAACUAACAAAGAACAAACAAGUGAAAGAAAAAAUAAUCUUUUAUUCAUAAUAUUACCUACUUACUGUAGCUAAAACAUUUAUUCAAAUUACAAAUUAUUAAAGAAAUAAAUAAAUAACUUUAUCAAGUCUGAAUUUUGUAAAAAGGAAUUUAAACCAAUCAACAUUAUUAAGCAAAAAAAAACAAAUAAACAAGCAAAACAAAUAUAUACAAAAGAUAUUAUAUCUAUAUAUAUUUUUAUAUACAUUUAGAUACAUAGAAUUGAUCCAAAUUAUCUUAUGAAUCUUAGGAACAAGAGAAAGGUUUCUUCAAGUACUAGCGAAGAAAAAGACUAACACUUUAGUUCUAGCCUGAUUUAAACUAAUGAAAAUAUAAAUUCGAAUGCAACAACUUCGGUCAAUAUCGAUUCUACUGCAGCAUACAAUAUUUCUUAGGAAAAAGAAGGUUCUCCUAAAAAGAAUGGAUUGGCAGCUAACUCCAGCAGCACUUUCGUCUCCACAACUGACUAAAUCCUAAUAAAUGGAAACAACGUAUCAAAGAAAAUCAAGACAAAUAGCGGUGCUGCAUUUCAAACUUAAGUUUCUGCGAAUGCUCCUUGCUUAAAAUCAGCAGAACAAAUUAUUUAGCAUUAGUAGAAUGUUAAUAAUGAUUGUGAUAUUGACUGCGAUGGAUUUCGCGAAAUAUUUCCUGAAGACCUACACACAUAGUUGUAGGAAGCAAUUUAUAAAGAAUAAACCAUCGUUUUGAGAGAAGCAGCUGGCCCUAAAGGUUUUAAUGUGAACCCCAAAAACUUAUUUAGCUUUGAAAGUGUGAUUAAAAAUCAUAGCGAUAUGUAAAUUGACUGUAGAGUUUAAAAUCCUACAGUUUAUGGCUUUAAUGUUUUAAAUCCCAAAAACCAAUAGCAUGUCUACAAUACCACCAUUUAGGAAUACGGAGAGUAUGCUGCAUUGCUUUAAGAAGACAGGUACGAAGAAAUUAAGAAAAAACCAUAUUACAAAGAAUACUUUAGCAAACUAUCUAACGGAGUAAUGUUUGCUGUAAACAUUGACAUGGAUGAUUUUAAUUGGUAAACCGAAAACAUGCGUCUGAGAUCAGGGCUUCCCCAUUACCUCCUAAAUAAAGGCAAACAUGAUAUCCUUAGCUACCAUAGGUAAAACGUUAUGGGAUGCACUCAACCUUAAAUGUACCUAAAAGUCGCUGGAGUGUGGACUGGAGGACACCAAGAGAACAUCUCUGUCAGAGCUAUAAAUAUCAACCACGGAGAUGGUGACAGUGAUUGGUAUUGCGUCGAUUUUGACUAAGUAGAAAAGUAUAGAAAUUAUGUGAAAAGAAAAUAUUAAGUUGAUAUACAUGGCGAUGAAGGUCUAUGGUUCGGAAAGUAUAAUGACCCAGAUGUUAUCAAAGCAGGGAUCAGGAUAAAAAAAGUUAUUUAAAGAAAAAAUGAUAUUGUCAUUUUAGCUCCUGGAGUUUUGCAUUGGGUACGCUGCAGAGGUAGAAGUGUGUAAACUGCAUGGAAUUUUGCUUACAGAAGGAUUGAAGACAUAAUUGCUAUGAAUGAAAGAUUUUUGUAUAAUUAAAAAAUCAACUUUGAAACAAUAAUAUUGAAUAAAUCUCUUUUUAUGGAUUUACUUAAUUUUGAGUACCACAAUUUACCUUUGGAAGUAGCACAGAAAUUGCAUAGUAUUGUCGCUGAUUACUAUUAGAAAGAAUACUAAUUUGAACAAAAUUUGACUCACUAUCCAUUUAAAUGUAAGAACUAAGUGAUUUUUUAUGACUAAAUGCCUGCUUAGCUUAAACACAUCCAAAUUUAUUACUGCAGCUAAAUAGGCUGUGGAAAAGAAAUAUUUUGCUAUUUCGGUAUCCUCCGCUCUGAAUUCUAAUAUCAAGAACCUAACAAUAGCCUAUUCCUUUCUUAAGAUUUUUGUGGAAAGUAUUUCUGUCCUCUUUGCAUUUAGGAAAUGAAAAAAAUUGAUGAUUCUAUAAUACUUUUUAGAAAAUUUGAUCUAAAUUCGUUGAAGACUUUGUUGAACAGAGUUUAUAAUUAUAUUUAGGAAGAAGGAAAGUAAUAGUCUCUCUACCCUAUUUCCGAUUUAACCAACAUUAGUCACUUCUGUGGUUAAAUCGCUAACAUAAAUGACUUUGUUUUUAACAAAGACGUAAGGAGAUUAGAGCAAGUUUACAUUCCUGAUGUCUUCGCCUCAUAGGGAGUCGAAGAAAUGUAGAAAUUUCAACUAGAUUUGUAAUCAGGAAGACUUAUCGAUUUUAUUGAGAAACCUAUUAUGAAAUUUAUUGCACCUAACUAGCAGUAGAGAUGUCAAGAUAUUAUGCAUGAUGGUGAGGAUGAUUAGGAGAAAGAUAGUCAAUAAGUUAAGAUAGAAGAUGCUGGUAAAAAAGAAGAUGAUAGUUUGGUUUCUAAUAGUCAAUAAGUUAAAUCAGCUAAUAAGAAUAAAGUUCAGUAGUAGCAACAAUAAUAAAUUGCUACUCAAUUAACAAACUAAGAAUUAAAAGAAAAUUUGAAAAAUGGAUAGAUAUAGCAGAAGUAGUUAUCUUUGAAUUUUGAAUCAGUAGAAAAUAACGAUUUAAGCCAAAACAAAAAUACAAAUGUAAAUAGUUAAUAUUAAUAAAGUGAAUUACCAAAUAAACCAAAUAAACAACAACUUUCAUCAUUAUAAAAUAAAUAGUUUUAAAAUGAAUUUUAAAUUUAAAAUCAACUUUGCAACAACUAUUCAAAAUGCAACUUAGAAAAUGAUUAUUAAACUGAUUCAAAAAAUAACUUUUCUUCUAUAUCUUCUAUUUAAUAGCAACAUGACGAUGAAAAAUAUGCAAUAUAGUUGCAAUAAGAAUUGGACUACAUGGGUUCUAAGACUCGCAAAUAAAAAAACAAUUCUCAGCUCCUCAUUUCUCAUGAUUAUGAAAUAUCUUCACUCACUCAAUCUUCGAGAGUUCUAAGAGGAGGGAGAUCUCUUUGUUCUAAACCUCCCUCACAAAACUAAAGAAAAAAAGCUCAGUAAAACAAAAUCACAAGCUUGAAAUCUAUAUCUGAGUCUAAUGACAGCUCAAAAUAAAGCUCCAAACAGAACCCAAAUGAGGCUUAAUCACCCACUUCAUCAUCUACUACAAUUGGUGUUUCAACAAAUUUAGCUAGUCCCUCACUUUAAGCUCAAUAAAAUAUCAAGACUAAAAUAGAACAAACUAAUGUAUUACCUUCAGAUUCUUAAAUGGUGAUAGAAGAAUAACCCUCAACACCAUAACAAUAAAUAGAUGAUGAAAGUAGCUUUUAAUUUUCUUAAAAAAUUAAUUAUAAAAUAGUAAGCAGGAGUAACAGCAAUUCGUGCAAAAAAAGCUAAUUGAACACACAGACUACUAGCUAGUAAAAUAAAACUAUUGAUGAAAACAAAAAAAUUAAAAUCAAAGGCUAUAUUUCAGAUGACGAUGAUGCUAAUGACCAAGAAGAAAUAGAAAAACAAAGAAUAAGAAAAGAGCGCGAAUAGCAAAGAGUAAAAAUGUUGGAAUAGUUGGAAAAAAGUUAAAAAGAGAAAGAAUCUGAGACUAAAUAAAUCACUAAAGAAACUAAAUAAUAAAAAACUCCUUCAAGUGACUAUGAAGAUAAUCCAAAUAUUUAUAAAAGAAGAUUAAACUUAAAAUAAAUUACUAAUAGCUCAAACUGA